AUGGUGCAGAAAAAUCUGAUUGAAAAUGGUCCUUUCCUAGACAAGUCUAUACACUUUGCUCUGAGCAAGAAUUCACCUAAAAUAGGUGUGCAGUGUGUUGAAGAACAAGUCAAACAUUCCAUUUCAGAAUAUCAUGCAUCUAUUCAAGAUUCUGAAAGACAUACAUGUGGUCUGAGAGACAAUAUGACUGUGAAAGACUUUCCAGAGAUUGACUGCCACCUCAGACAGAGUCUUCCCAGUGAUGGUGGCCGUACCGUAGUUAACAUUGUGCCAUGGCAACCACCACCACUGGGAAGCAAAGGACCACUACUAAAGACACCACCGCUGCUUGGUAUGAAACCACCAUUACUUGGUACAAAAUCAUCUCUGCUAGGCAGACCUGGUGAAGGAAGCUACAAUAGAUAUUACAGCUUUGCCGGUUACCAAGAAUAUGACAAGGGCCGAACAUCUGCUUGUGUUCAAAGAAGUGCUCCACCUCAGAAAGCAGAUGAAGCUGGCAAUCAAUGGUCAAGAUAUAAUCCUUCUGCAAGACACCAGAGUUACUACGAGGACAAGAGAGAUAGCUGUAGAAGACAAAGUUUCUACUCUUCCAAUUAUUCAAAAUACCAGUCUCCUCAUACAAAGGAUCCUACAUUUUUUGGAGAGUCACUCUUAGGCGAAAAAGCUUCAUCUGUCAGUAGCAGGAGGUGCACUGAAGUCCAAGGAGAAAUUUACUCUUUUCAAAAGCCUCAGCAAAGAAGUGAAAAAAGAAAGGUCCUGUAUUUGAAAACAUCAAGGUAUACUGUUCUCCCAGAUUCUGAACCACCUACUUCAUCAAAGGUGUUAGACAAACCCAGCAGGCUAACUGAAAAGGAACUUGAUGAAGCUGUAAGGGCAUGGGCUGCCAAAACGUCUGUGGCAUCAGAGGAACGCAAGUUGUCUGGCAUCUCUGAAUUCGAGGUGGUGCCUACAAGACCAUUAUUCAGUAAGUAUCGAGUGGCACCAGCCACAGACGCAGAAGACAGCACAUGUGAAGAUAAUCAACGCAGCAGUCACUUUAAAUCAAUAGAAUCUAAAGUCAAAGACAUUGAAGAAGUUUACCAACAAUACAGUGAAACUUUUGGGAUGAUGGUGAAAAAGUUGAUUCAAAAGAAUCCUUCAUUAGAAAGGCCUAUACAGUUUGCACCGAGUCAAAAUUUACAAGAAAUAGGUGACCAGCUUCUUAAAGAACUCAAAGAUUACAUUGCAGAGUAUCAUGCUUCUCAACAUACUGGAGAGUCUUCUUAA